ACAUUUCUGCAAUGUCUGAGCUGCCAGUUACUGUUACAAUAUAUGAAUUGCCUGCAUUUUGAGAAUAUCGGCAUUGGCACAUUUUGUAAAUAAAUGUCAUGUAAUGCAGAGUGGUUCAUAACUAGGCUUAGAAUCGUAACACUGGAUUUUUAAAACAUUUUAAUUUGCAUACUGGUUACACUUAGAACAACUCACAAUGAAUCAAUUUUAAGCAGAGCAGGCUUGCCUAUUAAACUGAGCUGUAUCUUUAAAUUUCUUAAAACGGGGCAUUUACGAUAUGCUGACCAAUCGGAUUUAUGCUGACCUCACUACUUUCUUCAAGAUUACCGAAAUAUUAUAUACAUUUUGAUUUUUAAUGAACGUGAAUGAGAAAAUAACAAUACCCGUUUCGAACACACGUGCUGUUGAUCGUUUGCAUCCGUAGUAGCCUGCGUACGGCAUUGUUAGUCUCGUUCUGGCAUGGAUCUGAAGCUUGAAUAAGUUGUCUGCACUCAUUGCCAUCAACCCUCCCCGUCCCGGUUUGUGCUUCUACAGAUUUGGCAAUGUAGGAUCUAUCCUUCCCCUCUUUUGCCUCUACUACACUGGCUGGCUGUUAUAGGAUCCGAUUCCUUCAGCAACACGAGAACGGUAACUGUUCAGGAUACAGUCAUCUUUUCCCAUAUUCAAGAAAACAACAAAGGACCCCGUGCUUUGACAUGACAUCGAAUUAGAAGUUGGGAUCUUCAGACCAUGUGACACAUGUCUCCGGGGUGGCUCAGUGUGACGUGCCAUGAUUUAACGAAGUGGAUGACGAAUUGACUCUAUCUGUACCGAUACAGUCAGGGGCCGUCCUGAUUGGUCUGAAUGAGCGCGAGGGCCAACCCCCAACACUCCCUGGCCAAUCCUCAUGGGUGCACACAGCUGACAUAUGACGCAGCAAGGCGGUGCUUAUGUUGGGGCGACCUGCACUGGCAGGCUGUGCUGAGUUAAAUGGAGGAGCAGGAGAGGAGCCGGUCCCCAUCCCGAGCCAAGCGGGUGGAGCAGGUGGUGGGCCGGUGGCUUCGCCGCUCUCGGGACUCCAUCAGCAGGGAGAGGAAGUCGGCGGACGGGAAGUCGGGCGGGGCCGGCUGCUGCGGGCAGCAGAGCGUCGCCGUGCGGGUGACGGUGCAGAUCCUGCGCGACCCGCUUCUGGAGUCUCACGGGUUCAGCGUCUCCGACCGGCCCCCCCUGCAAGUGAGGGACGUGACUUCAGGCGGCCCGGCAGAUGGGAUACUGGUCCCUGGCGAUCAGCUGCUGAAGAUUAACAAUAUCGCAACAGACGACCUGUCCCCUGAGCAAGCGGCAGUGAUUAUCAGUGAGGUGCCGGACUCGGUGACCAUGACCAUCCUCAGACAAUCUUCGGGCCCGAAGUCUUCCUUCAUGACCGCGGAAAAGAGGGCACGUUUGAGGUCCAAUCCGGUGAAGGUGCGCUUUGCAGAGGAAGUGGUGGUCAACGGUCACGCUCAGGGAAACUCUCUUCUCUUCCUCCCUAAUGUAUUGAAGGUGUACCUGGAAAAUGGCCAAACAAAGGCCUUCAAGUUUGGGGCCACGACCACAGUGAAGGACAUCCUCGACACGCUGAAGGAGAAGCUGUCCAUUCGCUGCAUUGGGUACUUUGCCCUGGUCCUGGAGCAGCAGUACACUACUACCAGGCUACUGCUGCUGCACGAGGAGGAGAUAAUCCAGAAGGUUGUGCAGAAGAAGGAUUCCCAUGACUACCGCUGUCUGUUUCGAGUGAGCUUCCUGCCCCGCGAUCCGCUGGAACUGCUUCAGUGCGACCCUGUAGCCUUCGAGUACCUAUAUCUGCAGAGCGUCAGCGACGUGCUGCGGGAGCGCUUCGCCGUGGAGAUGAAGUGCAACACGGCCCUGUGCCUGGCGGCGCUGCACAUGCAGGAGAGGGUGCACAGCUGCGGCCACACGCACAAGACGUCCGUCAAGAGCAUCACGAAAGAAUGGGGCAUUGAGAACUUCAUCUCUCCAACCCUGCUGAGGAACAUGAAGGAGAAGGACCUCAGGAAAGCCAUCAGCUAUCACAUGAAGAAGACUCAGAGUCUUAUGGAGCCGAGGCAGAAGGUGCUGUCCGUAGUCCAGGCCCGACUGAACUACCUGAAGCAGCUGGGGGAUCUCAUGUCAUAUGGGGGGAAGUUCUUCACAGCCACCAUGAUGUACCAGGAGAGAGAGACUCUGGUGAACCUGCUGGUGGGGGCCAGGUACGGAAUCAGUCAGGUGGUCAACCACAAGCUGAACCUCCUGUCCCCCCUGAUGGAGUUCUGUAGCAUCAGCCGCGUGGAGCUGAUGCCUGAGUCCGAGAAGGUCAGCCUGGUCAGGAUCUAUAUACCGGACCUCAAGCCCGUCACUCUGCUGAUGGAGCCUGUAGCUGCCAAAGACCUGUCGUGCCUGGUGAGUGGCUACUGCAAGCUGGAGGCGGAGCGAGCCCAGGCCGUCUUCUUAUUGGCCAACCAACCCAGGGAGCAUCGCAUCUCAGCUGAGGAGGGUUACGGGUCUCGAGGCUGCAGCGAUUCGGACGAGUCCUCUGAGGAGGACGCCGCCGCUGACGCUUCGGAGGACUUCCUCGAAAGCGAGCCCGGGGCCGCGCCCGAGAGCGAGGCAGAGAAGCUCGAGGAAGCAGGAGGAGGAGCGGACGAGGGAGAGGAGGAGGAGGCGCAGGAGGAGGAGACCUCCACGGCGGCAUCGGCCGGGGACAGCGUGGAGGCGAAAGGAGGGGGAGGGGCCAACGAGCGGAGGAGCGAAGGGCACCUGGGCGAGGACUUGUUCCUGGAGCUGUCGGACUGGUGCCACACCGACUCUCGAGUGGACGCCAGCUUCUCCAGCGACUCCAUGGACGCCCUGACGGAGGACCCCGUCGCGCCCCGCCCCCCCGGCGGGCCGCCGGGCCGCCAGCCCGACCUCGCGGACGGGCCCGCCAGGCCGGAGCCGAAGGCGGAACCCGUCGCCCCCCGACCCGCCGACAUCGACCCGUCCCUGUGCUUCGCCGAGCUCUCCCGCAUGGUCGACUUCCUGCCCAGCCCGCCGGAAGCCAGCGAGGAAGAGGAGGAGCAGGCGCGCUCUGGCAGCCUGCUCCUGCUGCAGGGGGACCGGGCGCUCGCCUACGACAGGCACAAACCGCGGUGCCGCUACGACGUCCGCCCCAAAGCCGGCGGCCCGUCCGAACCGCCACCCGUCCGCUCGCAGAGGGCUGAAGAGUGGGACCUGCCCCAGGACCCGGGCCCGGCCCCCGUGGUCCAGCCCUCGUUUGUUUUCGGGGACAGCAGCUCGGAAGACGAGUUUUUUGACGCGCCCGACCGAUUCGCUCCGUCGGUGUCGGCGGCGGAUAGCACCUCAGAAAUGCUCCCAGAAUGCAGGGUGAGGACGGAGGGUCUGAGCGGCGGAGCGAGGGAAGAGGAGAGGACCAGCAAGAGAAGAGGAGGGCAGCAGGAGUCGGAACUGGAACCUUCCGUGAAAAAGUGCCACAAACGCCAGCCGUCCUUCCCGAGGUCGGAUCGGCCGACGGUCGGGGAGGAGGGCGCGUGCCGCUACGGCGGCAAACCCUCGGGCUCGCCGUCUCGUCCUCGCUUCACUUCCUCGAGCGGUUCGGCGAUGGAGCUCGCGGCACCGGCGCCCGCGCCGAGCCCCUGCUCUCGCUUGGCGGGUUGUCGCGGCGACGGGACGCCCGGCAAAGCACGACAGAUCCCCGCAGAAACGGCGGGCGAAGAGCGGGCCGGCGCGGCGGCGGGGUCGGCGACGGAGCGGCCCCCCGCGGCCUCCCCCUCCCUCUCGACCCCGGCCGCGGCUCCCUCCGCGGAGACGGAGAGCGGCGAGACGCGUGCCGCCGACGGGCAGGAGAGCGAGGAGAACCGCCGCGGCGCUCCCGCUGCGGUGCGACCCGCCUCCAAUCGCGUGCUUCGCGGGACCGCGGACGGUCUGCCGACCGACCGACGGCAGAGAGAGGGGGCCGUCGCGGACUCGGGGGCAGGCGCCGCCAGAGCCCCCCUCCCCGAAAAACAGGAAGCGGGCCACCUCGAAGGAAACCCGGGGCGGCGAUCUCCCUCGCGUCCCCGUCGGCCGGAGGGACCCGUGGGCGGCCUCUCUUCGACGCUACCUGCCUCGCCCCGACCUCCCCUUCUGUCGUUGCGUCCCCGUUUGUCCACGCCCAACGCCCCCAGCCCCGAGAACGACGGGAAGAGCGACAAGGAGGUCGACCAGCAGGCCGCCGCCCCUCCUCCCCCGUUCCGGUUGGACCACAGGAAGCGAAACAGCUGCUUUGCCCUGCUCCUGAGGAACGGCGUUUCGCCGAGCUACGAGAACCUCCUGCGCUCCGAAAUGGAGGCCCUCGGUGUUAAAGACGGCGGUGCCGCCGGGGGGCCUGGCGCUUCGGCCAAAGAGCCGAAGAGGGGCUUGGACCUGCAGGGCUGCUCCUCGACGCUGGGGAGCCGCCUCUCCUCCUCCAUGCUCCGGGGUAAGAUCCAGAAGCUCCCCUUUUACCUGUCCCGGUCUCAGGAGCUCCACAGCGCCCACAGGGGCAACAGUAACCCUAACGACAGCCGCAGUUCGUCAGGGUCGUCCGAGCCGAGCCUGUGCACCUCGGAGGUCACGGCGGUCGUGGACGGGGAUGCCAGAUUUGCAGCGAAGGCCGGUGAGAUUGGCAACCACUCGGAGGACCGUGCCCACCUCGGACCAGACGCUCGUUUGUCAGAGUCUAGUCUCUGCGUCAAAAACGAUGACUUGGCCGCGGUUUCCUCCUCUGCGGAUUUGAAACCGGAGACUCGGGCGCAACCGGAUCCAAGUUUCGGGUGCCAAGGGCCAGCGUCACAGUUUGAGCCGGGGGAGGGGUCAAAUACGGGGGUCAGCAACUCUUUCGCGAGGACUGCGGAAAACGGCGACCCGAAGCAAGCGUGCGGCGCCGUCCGACAGUGCGAGUCUGAGCAGCCCCUCCCCCUCCCUCAGCCCUGGCCCCACCCCUGUCCCGGCAGAAGUGCCGGUCCCGGGUGCGCCUCAGCGUCAGGCGGGGCGGAGAAGCCGGCCCACCGGGAGGCCUGCGGGUGCCGGACGGUCUACGCCAACUGCUUCAGCGGGGAGGCGGACGGGAGCGGGUUCGACGAGGAGCUGACGGUGCACGAGUUCUCCCGCAGGACGCAGGGGGCGGAGGGCGCCCCCCUGACGUCCCCGCUUCCCUCCUCUUUCUCCUCCCCCUCCUUCCCCUCUUUUCCCGCCGGCUCCCCUCUCUCGUUCCAAAGCGCGGGCGCCCUCUCUCCCUCCGCCAGCACCGAGUCGAGCCCCCUGCUGGCCUCGCCGGCCACGCCCACGGCCCCGGAGGAGGCGCUCACCCAGCUGCGGACCCGCCGCUACCGGCUGCCCGGCGGGUUCGCCUCCCUGCAGCGCGACGUGGAGGAGCUCCUGGCCCUCCUGCAGGGGCCGCCCUGGGACCGGUGGGAGUGGGACUGCCGCGACGGCCUCUUCUCCGACAGCGGGCGGCUCCUCCACGCCGAGGCGCGCCGGCUGAUGUCGGGCUGCCAGCAGGUGACCCGGGUGGGCCAGACGCCCGAGGAGACGCUGCAGUGCCUGGCCGACGGCUUCCGCGCCCUGGUGCGCCUGGCCGGCUCCUGCCUGCGCUCGCCCGGCGGGGCGGGGGGCCGCGCCCAGGCCCUGGGCGCCUUGAGAGACAUCGCCGCGGCGUACGGGGAGUUCGCCCGGGCGGCGGAGAGGGCGAGCGGGAGGGAGAGCUGCCAGGACCUCAGCGUCAAGCUCCUGGCCAGGCAGUGCACCGCCCUCACCACCUCCAUCUUCUGUCUCACGCAGCUCUACUGCACCAUCACCUCUCUAUGAUUCUGGCUUUCGCCUCUGACCUUUGACCUUUGAACCCCGGUAGCCAAUCUGUGAAACAGAGAAAGGCCAUUAUACCUCACUCAGACCACUAUGUGUUAGUUCCUCCAUUGGGGUAGGGAACUUUUGAAUCUGUUUUGUGGAGGGGCUCAUGCCCCCUCAAGCUGUAACUCAGCUGAAACACUCAAUCCACUUCCAAUUUGUUUCCAGGAUCGAGGCCUUCUAUUGACCCAAUUAGUUUGUGUGGGUAUUAUCUGGCAGGUGGGGGGCUGUGUGAUUUGUAGUUUGCAAUAAUCUGUGUUCGUGCGCAUGUGCACCCGAACCGAGGUCUGUUUUUUUCUGAAACAGCACUUUGUCGCAUCAAUAAAAUUGUGCCACUGAGUGCUAAAGGCCUUUCUUGUCUAUGGAAGCAAGUUUGGAGCCUAACUUAGACUUUUUUUUUUCUGCUUAGUGAUGUAAGCUGUCAAAGAAGUGUGCUCCCUUUAAGUUUUCCUGUUACAAUGGGGGAGGCUACACGUGCCAUGUCCAGGUUUAUUUGUAAUUGGCAAAGAAGAGAGCAGCCAUUCAUAGCCAGAAAUGAUGUGCGCCAAAACACAUGCAUGCACUGUGCCAUACCAAUACCAAAAACCUGCACAUACAUGCACUAUCAGACAAGAACUCAUUUAAGAACAGACUGAUAUGCCAAGGGACUUGUGCACAGCAAAGCAGAUGUUGCUGUCCACAAAGGCAAUUGCAUGUUCUCCCCCACACUUGAAACCAGAAUAUUUAUUUAUGAGUGUAUUAAAAUUGAAAGUAUAUUUAUUUACUUAUUUAUUUUUGCUUUCGUACACUUAUCGCUCUGUGGUUUCCGUUGCUGGGGAAACCAGCAGCUGAAGCCGAUGGUGGUCGGAGAGACUGUCCUUCGGGGCCGACGCGUCUGCCAAGCAUGGCUCUCUACCUCCCGCCUCAGACUGAACGUUGUUUGUUCUUUCGAGCGCCGGUUCGUCUCCGGAAAAAUCGCACUGCGGUGGAAAAAAUUUUCUUUUUUCUAUAUCACAGUAUUACUAAUCAUAGAUGAAGGAUAUGUAGCUAAUCUCGUUUGUAUAUACGUGAAUUUCUAAAUACAACAGGAUAUUUAUCGAAGAAAAGGGUUAUGCUGUCCUGAGUGUUUUUGAAGGGCUUUUUACACAUUCUAUUAAUUUAGUUCAUUGUCAAAGUGUUUAUGUUUUUUGUGUUAUAUUUCACUCACACCAGUAAUAAAGUUUUUUGUAGUGUAAGUAAGAUGGUCGGACAUAACGUAAAGCCAUGCUUAAUUUCCCUCAGCUUAAAGGGCAAUAUUUCUGCGAUGGCAGAUCUAGUUUCAUAAAGAGUAACAUUCUAUGGCACUGAAAGUGUUUUUUCCCCUGGUGCACUCUAAAGCCAUUGAAGUUAAUUAUGCAAAGUCACUAUGAUGCCCAGCUCCAGAACAAUGAGGUACUCUAUGGUUUUAGUGAAGAACCAUGAAUUAACAACACUAAAUAUACGGCAGGAAACACUACCUCAGUCGGUUCUUAUGUCAUCUUACUGCUGACUGUUAACAUGUCUACUGUAACUGUUGGGAGUUUAACUGUUUUCACCAAAUGACCUGUCUAUCCAUAGGAUUUACCUGAAUUAUUAUAGAGCUUACCAUUUUAGCAAGGGAAUUCAAUGUGAGAACGUAUUGAUAUACAAUGUGUGCUACAUUCAUUUGGUUUCAGUUGCCUGAAUUUCACUAUGAAAAGUUUUUACACUGCAAAAUAUCUUUUGCAAGUAUAGCUGUCAGCUGUUUCAAAAGUGCACAUUGUUCAUUAAAACCCAAUUACCUGGCAGUGUGCACCUCUUCUCAAAUAUCUUAGAUGGGAAUAUACUUGCAGUUUGAACUUUAUUUCAGACUUUAGUGCUAAUAUGCUUUUCAAAUAGCAAAAAGGCUAAAGUACAUAUGAUAGUUGAAGAUGGCAUGGUUAGGAUCAAACACUAUGCUGUCCAAAGGGACCUUUGAGCUAGCACUGUGUAUCACAAGGCGGUAAUGCACCUUAUAGUGUAAUUCAAUUCCUGAUCUAGGUAGUCCUGGCCGUGGCUAGAAGUCGAGCAUAGCUGAGCAUUACUUGCCGCAGCAUCACCCAAUGAGGGUGGGUUUCUAUAUUUAGAGUCUCUUUCACCUUAUCACUGAUUGGCAGCUCCUCCAGUCAAUCGGAAGUCAAUCCAGCCUGCUUCAGUUACACAGCACGCCAGUGCAGUUGAUGGCACAGCAGUUGGGUUGCCGAGUGAAAAGUAUCUGCAGCUCGCUGUUCAUGCUAGAGUAUGUCCAUCUAGAUCCAUAGGACCUUGCCAAGAUUGGUUGAGGCUACCAUCACAUUUAGGUUGCUGUAAAAUGUGUGCAGAUGAUGACUGAGAAAUUGAUAAACCAAGAGUGAAGUGGGCUUCCAUAUUAUUAGAUAUUUUAGCGCAAUGUCAGCCCUGAAAGAUGUUAAAUCACUCACUUUCUGAGUGUGCUAAACAUUUUCUCAUUUUCAUAGGCAUCUCUUAAUUCCAUGGGAUCUAUCGGACUUAUGCCAAAAUUGUAGCUUUGUGUAUGGUGUUUCACUGGUGUCCUGUAAAAAAAUAUUCUGUGACCGUGGCAUCAUAGUGAUUCUUUAAUGGUGUGGCAUUGAAAUCCGGCCAUCCUUUACUCAAGUGUCUCAUUCCAUGUGUUAUUUCCAUGCUUUAAAAGUAUGCACUUAUAGCGACCAGAUCCAGCAAAAAAAAUGUUUUACCUAUCCAAGUCUCAGCAAAUGUGCUAUGAAAAAAAUAGGGAAACCCUAUGAAGUUCUUGAUCAGGCCCUAGAAGUAUUGUAUUCUGUCCUGUAUAUCCAAAUAUGUUCUGGAGUACCAUUAUGACCUUUUUGUACUAAUAGUGGAGGUAUACGUGUCUUGGGUUCAAUAUGCUAACACGUGUUGCUGAUGGUGCCUUCUGUGUAAGGUGUUGUAGAAUUUUCUCUCUAGCUAUCAGAGUUUUGAGCUUUUGGAAGUAUGUUUUUUAUCUGUUUCAGGCAUGGCCACUGUUUUGAAGGGUAACAAGUCUUAAAAUCCUGGGAUAUAUGUCCAAGAAAUGUGAGAACACAGAUUUAUUGGCUCAGUUAAGCACAAUCCCAGUGAGUGGUACUAUGAAAGGGACCAGAGGAAGCACAAUGACCGCCUUGAAGCUGUCUCACGCUCACUGACCCUUUGCGGGUGGAUGGACCAGGGUAGUCUCAGGCCACAAAGGUCAUUUCAAGGAUACUUAAUGGUCAGGGUGAUACAUACUGUCU